AUGGCCCCAAGUUCAGCAAUAUGGGCUAUUUCGGUGGCCAAGUCGGCUCCGGCGGUGUCGCUUACCACGAUAUCGAGCGCCCCGGCUCCAGCGCCAGCUGUUAGUACAUCUGCAAGCUCCAGCGCGACUGUAGAGUCGCAUCUACCUCCAGCGGCUAUAUCAUCGCAUCUUCCAGCUCCGCGCCUAUCUGAGAUCAAAGAGGCUGUACGAUGUCUUGUACAGUUGGUGAUCAACCCACCACAUCCGGUAGACCCAGUUCGUGACCGUGCUAUUGCGGCCGCUGCUUCGGUCGACGAUCUAGCAGCUGCGGUGAGCAAUCCGGCGUCGGAUCCGCGAGAUCUCGUUGUAGAAAUUGGUGACCUGAAAGCGAGGCUCACUGAUGCGAGGCUCGCCAAGUUGAUAGCGCAGAAGCAGCAGAAGCUAACUGAUCUGGAAACUCGAUUCAGGCAAUCUCGCGCCGAGUGCUCGUCUCUCGAGCAAGCGCUGGCUGCAGAAACAAAGCAACGCAUUACUGCAGAAGAGCAGCUCACUGCUCUUUCCGCCAAGAUGAUGGUUCACGACGAAGUCGUCCUCAGAGUCCAGAAGGCCCUUGAGGCUGCCAACGAAGCUCGAGCGUCACAGUCCCGCAAAAUCAACCAUGACUGGCAGUUGUAUAAGAAGAACCUGCGGGUCUUCGCCGACAGGCUCGAGCGCUUCCACAGGUACCUCACUGGACGCCGACAGAGCGUGGAGAAUCUCGACCAGAAGGCCAAAAGGAAAUUCUUGAAGGACGAGUUGAAAAAGGUUAUCCUCGUCAACAAAUAUCUCCGCAAGUUCGUCGACGACCGUGACCUGGACCCAGAUGCUUUGUUGCUGUUCGCUGAAGGCGGUGCACUCGGUGAACUGGACAUUGGUCUAUUAGGGCUGGAUGAAGAGGCUGUUGAGCUCGUUCAGGAUGCGAUCAAGGAUCUCAACCCAUCCUUGUCGGCCAAGGAUCAGGCUAUUGAGCUCGCUCGCCAGGUACACCGGUUUCGUAGUGUUGACUUGUCUGACGAUGACCAGAUCAGCAUUUCCAGCGAGUCGUCGAGUGGGGGUGAGGACGAGCGGUUUGGCAUGGAACUGCAAUCUGUUUUGGCAAAGAAGACCCGCUCUUCCCGUUCUCACAAGCGGUCAAGUGAUGAUAAGUCGGACCCUCGCUCUGAUGGAAAGCACAAGAAGGAUCGGUCGUCCUAG